AUGUAUGUAAAGCGAUGUUUUUGUUUCAAAGGAAAGGUUACAAGGGUGGUUCACACCCGUCAGAUAAAAACUCAACCCAUGAUGGAUAUCGUAAUAGCCAUAAUAUCCGUGCCACUAUUGGUAACGUUUAGUUUUAUGUUACAACGACACAUGCGAUCAGAUUGGCUACAUAAUUUAGAAACAAGGUGGAGAAUAUUGGGACUCGGUCUUUCCCUAUUAUUUAUUAGUUUAGUCGUUUGCUUAUACGUAAUACACAGGUUGGGAUUGUGCAUAUGGGCAGCACAGCAACAAAGAGAACUACGUCAAAAUCCAGAAAUUUGUCGAAGAGUUACACAAAUACCAAAUAAUAAUUGCCCACCAUCUCUAGCGGCUACUAAUAGUCAAAUUCAGCUCAUGGUAGGGGGAGGAGAAUUGCCACCGAGUUAUGAUUCAAUAAUGAAAAAUUCAGAUUUUCCACCACCUCCUUAUCUAUCUGUUUUAAUUUACAAUGAAAAAAAUGAUACCGUGCCAGAAGUUAAUGAUAAAGAACAAAAUAUUCAAACCAUCACCAAUACCGAGCCAAGUUUCAACCAGGAAAGAUCUCAAGAAACCUUUAUACCUAUUAUACCUAAACCUUUGAUAGACUUUGAUAUACUAUUAAUGCCUUUAUACCUAUAUGCUUUAUACCUAUAUGCUUUGUACCUAUAUGCUUUAUACCCAUAUGCUUUAUACACAUAUACUUUAUACCCAUAUGCUUUAUACCUAUAUGCUUUGUACCUAUAUGCUUUAUACCUAUAUGCUUUAUACCUAUGUUGUAGCCCAUACCUUUGA